AUGUCCACACACCGGUGGGCCUGUAUGCCGCAUGUUAAGGGGGCCAAAUCUCUCCCCACGUCCCCUGCAUUUCAAGAAAUUCCUCCUGUUCAAUGUUUAUUUGCCCAUCACUUAACCCUCUAUCUCCUGCAUUCUAUUCUUAUCUAUCUAUCUAUCUAUCUAUCUAUCUAUCUAUCUAUCUAUCUAUCUAUCUAUCUAUCUAUCUCAUUGCCAUAUCUAUCUAUCUAUCUAUCUAUCUAUCUAUCUAUCUAUCUAUCUAACUGCCAUUUCAUAUCUCUCUAUGUAUGUAUGUAUGUAUGUAUGUUUCUAUCUAUCUUUCUAUCUAUCUAUCUAUCUCAUCGCCAUUUCAUAUCUAUCUAUCUAUCUAUCUAUCUAUCUAUCUAUCUAUCUAUCUAUCUUAUUGCCAUUUCAUAUCUCUCUAUGUAUGUAUGUUUCUAUCUAGCUAGCUAUCUCAUUGCCAUUUCAUAUCUAUCUAUCUAUCUAUCUAUCUAUCUAUCUAUCUAUCUAUCUAUCUAUCUAUCUAUCGUUUCUUGCAAUGAGUCUUAUCUCAUAUAUCGAAUCCACAACAAAUAUUCUCAUGAAAUUUACAAUAGAAUAUUAACAAUAACAAUAGUAAUGUAA